UGCUCCUCUCUUUGGGGAAAAGAAAAAAGACACUUUGCUCGCGCUCGAUUCGCCGUCCGGACUCGACUCUGUUCUUCCCCUCGUUUUCUCGUCCUCUGAGGAUUUUAUUUCUCUUUUCCCUUUUUUUCCUCCUCCUCCUUCCUUUCUUCCAACAUGACGGCCAACACUGAGAAUUUUUAAAAAAUAAACUCUCAGAGAAGAAAUCCUGUUUGUGCUGCUUCCAGUAAAAAGUUGAAUUAAAUCUAAAAACCAGACAAAAAGUUGAGCUGUUGAAUAAAACUCCGGCCUCACUUCCCGAUUCUUCUUCUUCUCCUUCUUUUCUCCGUGCUCCUUCCUCCUCGCCGGCUGCUUUCUGACUUCGAGGCGUUUCGGUGAAGAAACUGUCGACCGACCAGAAGAUCUCCGUCCGUUCUGUAGAGCUGCUUUUUUUCGGUUGGACUUUUCUCCUUGUUUUUUGCUCGUGUCGCUCUCUCACUGCGUCGGCAGCAUUUGGAGCGUCGGGGCCCCGGAGAUGUUCGGGAUCCAGGACAACCUGCCCCGCGGGGCCACAGCCAGCAUGAAGGAGGAGCCGCUGGCUGUUCGCUCCUGGAUGCACUCGGCCGGCGUGGUGGACGCCAACACGGCCGCUCAGAGCGGGGUGGGGUUAGCCCGUGCUCACUUCGAGAAGCAGCCUCCGUCCAAUCUGAGGAAGUCCAACUUCUUCCACUUCGUGCUGGCGCUGUACGACCGGCAGGGUCAGCCGGUGGAAAUCGAACGCACCACCUAUGUCGACUUUGUGGAGAAAGAGAAGGAGCCGACUGGAGAGAAAACCAACAACGGGAUUCAUUACAAACUGCAACUGCUCUACAGCAAUGGAGUCAGAACGGAGCAGGAUCUCUACGUCCGGUUGAUCGACUCCAUGACCAAACAGGCGAUCAUCUAUGAAGGUCAGGAUAAGAAUCCAGAGAUGUGCCGAGUUCUUCUGACACACGAGAUCAUGUGCAGUCGCUGCUGUGAUAAGAAGAGCUGUGGAAACAGAAACGAGACGCCGUCGGACCCCGUCAUCAUCGACAGGUUCUUCCUCAAGUUCUUCCUCAAGUGUAACCAGAACUGUCUGAAGAACGCUGGAAACCCACGAGACAUGAGGAGGUUUCAGGUGGUGGUGUCUACGACUGUGAACGUAGACGGCCAUGUUCUCGCCGUCUCUGACAACAUGUUCGUACACAACAACUCCAAACAUGGCCGCAGAGCCCGGAGACUGGACCCGUCUGAAGCAGCCACUCCCUGCAUUAAGGCCAUCAGUCCCAGCGAGGGUUGGACGACGGGGGGCGCGACCGUCAUCCUGAUCGGAGACAACUUCUUCGACGGCCUGCAGGUCGUCUUUGGCACCAUGUUGGUGUGGAGUGAGCUGAUCACCCCUCAUGCUAUCCGGGUCCAGACUCCUCCCCGUCACAUCCCCGGGGUCGUCGAGGUCACGCUGUCCUACAAGUCCAAACAGUUCUGUAAAGGAGCACCGGGACGUUUCGUUUACACAGCCUUAAACGAACCCACUAUAGACUACGGCUUCCAGAGGUUACAGAAGGUCAUCCCUCGUCACCCCGGAGACCCCGAGAGACUGCCCAAGGAAGUGCUGUUGAAGAGGGCAGCCGACCUGGUGGAGGCGCUCUACGGGAUGCCUCACAACAACCAGGAGAUCAUCCUGAAGCGAGCGGCCGACAUCGCUGAGGCUCUCUACAGCGUCCCCCGGAACCACAACCAGAUCCCAUCGCUAGGCAACACCGCCUCCCACGGCAUGAUGGGAGUUAACUCCUUCAGUGGACAGCUGGCCGUCAAUGUCUCAGACACAACGCAAGUCGGGUACAGUCGUAACACCAGCAGCGUGUCGCCGCGGGGAUACGUACCGAGCUCCACCCCUCAGCAGAGUAACUAUGGCAACACCGUCAGCAACAGCAUGAACGGCUACGGCAACACCGGGAUGCCAAACCUCGGAGUGGCGACUUCUCCCGGUUUCCUCAACGGGUCGUCUGCCAACUCUCCCUACGGCAGUAAGUAUCAAGUCGUCCCCUCCAGUCCAACGAUGGCGGUCUCCAACUGUAACUCCUCCCACGGGGUUUUCUCCUUCUCGGCGGCCGUCAAACAGAAGAGCGCCUUCGCUCCCGUCGUCAGACCGACAGCUUCACCUCCUCCUCCUCCCAACUGCUCCAACAACUCCAACGGACUGCAAGCCAUGUCCGGCCUCGUUGUUCCUCCGAUGUAAAGAAUCUGCCUCCUCGAUCCUCGUCUCGGUCCUCCCCCCUCAGCCUAGAGCACCAAUCACCUCAGAGGAGGCGGGGCCUCAGGCAGCAGCCGGCCAGUCAGGACAGAGUAUGGAUAAGGGAAUAAACUGUCGUGUCCGACUGGGCGGAGCCUCGCUCUCUAAAGAAGAAGAUAAAAGGACGUUUUGUACAGCAGUUUUCUCCGGGUGCUUUCAGCUCUCUGUAAUUAUUCUGAUGUUAUCGUCUGUGUUGGGGGGUGGGGUCUGUUGGUGUAAAAACUGUGAUGUCACACCUGUGAUGUGACAUCAUCUUCUCUACUUGUGAUGUAAUUCUGGUUGAAGAAACAGGAAGAAUUUUGGACAUUAAAGGCCCCAAAUUACAGAUUGUUUUAGCAAAAAAAAAACAUGAAUUCUGAACGGACGGAGAACAAACAGGAAACAAACCCUCAACAUUUUAUUUCUCUGCUGCCUCCUGAGCAGCUUUAUUAAGAAUCUAGCUAGGAAGCUUUAGUUAGGGAAGAAGGGAUAAUGAGGUUUCAAGGUAGGAUCAACUAGAAUGAAGGGUUCGGGAGCAGAGAAGAUGGAAGUUAGGAAGCAAAAAUAAGGAAGCUCUUUACCUGAGAAGGAAGGAAGAAGGAAGCUUCCAGUUAGGGAGGGGAAGGGGAAAACAAGGUUUCCUGAGUAGGAUGUAAGAAAGGGAGAAGCUUUGUAGUCUGGAGGUGUCCAGAUUGGGAUCAAAGAAGGUACAAGCUUUCUAACUUUGGAGCAAGGAGGAAGGACAAUCCCCAUCAAGGAAGACAAAGGAGCUUUCAGUUAGGGAGGAAGGUUUCCAGGUAGAAGUGUUAGGAAGCAGGGAACAUGGAAGUGUCCUUGGAGUAAGCAAGAAGGAAGCUUCCAGUUAGGGAGCAAGGAAUAAGAAGCCUUUCCUACUUUGGGAUCAUCACAGCUAAGCUCGUUAAAACCUCUAGCUCUGUGGACCAAUCAGAUUCCAGUAUUUUGACAACUUGAAUUCUGGUUAACUUGAACUAUUAUGAAAAAAUCCUCAAUAAAAGAUCUGAAACUUGAAUAAUUUGGGGCCUUUACUUGUUUCAGUUAACUCAUCACAAGAACUUCUGACUGCACGGUAAAAAGGUCGACUAAAAGAAAGAAUAAUGAAUGAAAAUGAUCUUCCUCCCGUUACUAGCCCCGCCUCUUCUUUGUUUAGCCCCACCCCUGCCUGUCUGUGUUUUUAUUUAUUUAUAUCUAUGUUUUUAUUUUCUAUGCUCGCACUGUAAAAACAAAUCCUGCAUCCUGAUAGGCUACUGUGACUCUCCGUCUUCUUGUUCAGAGUUGUCUUUUUUAUUAUAGCUCCUCCUCCUCCUCCCUAAGCCCCGCCCUGAGCACUUAAAUCCCGCCCCUUCCCCCGUGUUUUCUCUGUGGGUUUUGUGAAUUUUGGCAAAGUUGUAGCUGGCUGAAUAUUUAUACGUCACUGUGGUUGAUCACGCCGCCCCCCGCCCUGCCCGUCACUGAGCUCACCGAGGGAAACUCUUUUUGUAACAUACAGAUUAUAAAUAGUGUAUUUAUAUCUCAGAUUGUUUUUGUAUAAAUGGAUGUUGAGUCAUGUCGUCUUCAUGGGGUUUUAGACAUGUGUGUGUAUGUGGUGGCGCCACACUGAAAAACAAACCAUUGUUUUGUAUCAAAAAAAGAAAAAGCUGAAUGUUAAUGUCUUCACACAUUUAUAGCACUGUCAAUCAAAGCUGAUGUGUCCAAUCAGCUCCACUCAUUUUGUUUUUAAUGUAAAUCUUGUUUGGCUGUACUGAAAUGAUUUCUUCACAGUGAAUAAAGUCAGCAGGUCGCUCUGA